CUCGUCUGCCGUCAGGGCAGGGGUGGAAGCACUGGAGCGGGAGCCUCAGAGUCACGGGCGAGGACCAAGUAGACCUGACCGCCGGGGAGAUCGGCUGCGGAGCUCGUCCUCCACGCAGCCUAGCGCUGCCCCGCCCCCCCAGGGGUUGGGGGUCCCUUCAAGUUUUGAGGCGGCGGGACAGUACUAGUCUGGCCUGCCUUGCAGCCCUAGCCAGAUCGCCCCUUGGGUCCCGCCAUCACCCGCAGGGCGCACAGAACUGGCCAGAAUUGGCCGUGGGGAUGGCCGCCAGGGUCCGGACAGCUGCCAUCUGGGUCCCACCUCUCCAGGAACGAGACAGUGCAUGCGAGAGGAUCAGAAAGCCCCAAGGUGAGGAAUCCAUCCUGAGUGAGGAGACCACUGAGCAGAGGCCUCUCUCUGGAGGAGAGGGGCAGAGGCACAGGAGUCCCAGGACAGAGCAGGUCCUUGAGUGGCUAUUUAUUUCCCAGGAGCAGUUGAAAACCACCAAGUCCUGGGGACCAUUGUCCUUCAUGGAUGUAUUUGUUGACUUCACCUGGGAGGAGUGGCAACUGCUGGACCCAGCUCAGAAGCACCUAUACAGGAGUGUGAUGUUGGAGAACUAUAGCAACCUGGUGUCCCUGGGGUAUCAGCACACCAAACCCAGGAUCAUUUUCCAGUUGGAACAAGAAGAGCCACGGUUGAUGCAAAUCCCAAGUCAGGGCCAUCCAGUAUUUUCAUUUCUAGAUAAAGUGUGGGAAAUUGAUCAUAUGGAAUGGCAUCGGGAAAAACAAGUCAAGCUGGGAAGUGUUGCAAAAGGCUAUCAGUGUACUACAUUUGGAAGACUAUGUCUUCUUAGUGCAAAUUAUAUUUCUUCAAGACAAAAGCUUCAUACAUGUGUCACACAUGAAAAGAGUUUGAAAUAUAAUAUAGAUUUCAGUAAUAAUUAUGCUGGAAAGAAUCCUAAUGGGUUUCAUGCAGUUAGGGAAUCAUUCUUCCAUUCUAAACAUGAACAAGCAGUUAUUGGAAUAAAAUACAGUGAAACUAAUGAAUUUGGAAAAGCUAUCAACAGAAAGUCACAGCUCAUAUAUCAGCCAGUGCAUAUGAGAGGGAAACCCUUUGAAUGCAGUUUCUGUGGGAAGGCCUUCAGUGCCAAGUCCUAUGUUGUGGUACAUCAGCAAACUCAUGCAGAAGAAAAACCCUACAAAUGCAAUGGAUGUGAGAAAGACUUCAGCAGUAAGUCCUACUUCAUUGUUCAUCAGAGAACUCAUGCAGGAGAGAAACUCCAUGAAUGCAGUGAAUGUGGGAAAACUUUCAGUUUCAGUUCACAACUCAUUAUACAUCAGCGAAUUCACACAGGGAAGACUCCCCAUGAAUGCUGUGAAUGUGGAAAAGUCUUCAGUAGGAAAGUUCAGCUCAUUUCACACCAGAGAACUCAUGCAGGAAAGAAACCUUAUGGGUGUUAUGAAUGUGGGAAAACUUUUGGCUUGAAAUCACAGCUCAUUGUACAUCAGAGAAUUCAUACAGGAGAGAAGCCCUAUGAAUGCAGUGAUUGUCAGAAAACUUUUAAUACAAAGUCCAACCUUAUGGUACAUCAGAGAAUUCACACAGGAGAGAAACCUUAUGGUUGUAGUGAAUGUGAGAAAGCCUUUACUUUCAAGUCACAGCUCAUUGUACAUCAGGGAGCGCACACUGGGGUAAAACCCUAUGGAUGUAAUCAGUGUGGAAAAGCUUUCAGUUUGAAGUCACAGCUCAUUGUACAUCAGAGGAGUCACACAGGAGUGAAACCCUUUGGAUGCAGUGAAUGUGGGAAAGCUUUCAGAAGUAAAUCCUACCUCAUUAUACAUAUGAGGACUCACACUGGAGAGAAGCUCCAUGAAUGCAGUGAAUGUGGGAGAGCCUUCAGUUUUAACUCCCAACUCGUUAUACAUCAGAGAAUUCACACAGGGGAGAAUCCCUAUGAGUGCCAUGAAUGUGGGAAAGCCUUCAGUCGGAAAUACCAACUCAUUUCACACCAGAGAACUCAUGCAGGGGAGAAGCCCUAUGAAUGCAGUGACUGUGGGAAAACUUUUGGUUUGAAAUCACAGCUCAUUAUACAUCAGAGAACUCAUACAGGGGAGAAACCCUUUGAAUGCAGUGAUUGUCAGAAAGCCUUUAAUACAAAGUCAAACCUUAUUGUACAUCAGAGAACACACACGGGGGAGAAACCUUAUGGUUGUAGUGAAUGUGGGAAAGCCUUUACUUUCAAGUCACAACUCAUUGUACAUCAGGGAGCACAUACUGGGGUAAAACCCUAUGGAUGUAAUCAGUGUGGGAAAGCCUUUAGUUUGAAGUCACAGCUCAUUGUACAUCAGAGGAGUCACACAGGAGUGAAACCCUUUGGAUGCAGUGAAUGUGGGAAAGCUUUCAGAAGUAAAUCCUACCUCAUUAUACAUAUGAGGACUCAUACCGGGGAGAAACCACAUGAGUGCAGUGAGUGCGGGAAAUCCUUCAGUUUCAAUUCACAACUUAUUGUACAUCAGAGAAUUCACACAGGAGAAAAUCCCUAUGAAUGCAGUGAAUGUGGGAAAGCCUUUAAUAGAAAAGAUCAACUCAUCUCACAUCAGAGAACUCAUGCUGGGGAGAAACCUUACCAGUGCAGUGAGUGUGGGAAAGCCUUUAGUAGCAAGUCAUACCUUAUUAUACACAUGAGAACUCAUUCAGGAGAGAAACCAUAUGAAUGUAACAAAUGUAGAAAAGCCUUCAUUUGGAAGUCACUACUUAUUGUGCAUGAGCGAACUCAUGCAGGGGAAAACCCUUAUAAAUGUAGUCAGUGUGGUAAAUCCUUCAGUGGAAAAUUACAGCUUGUUGUACAUCAGAAAAUGCACACAAGAGAGAAGCCCUAUGAAUGCAAUGAGUGUGAAAAAGCCUUCUUUAGGAAAUCUCAGCUCAUUGUACAUCAGAGGAUUCAUUCAGGGGAGAAACCCUAUGGAUGUAGUGAAUGUGGAAAAACCUUCUCUCAGAAAUCAAUUCUCAGUGCACAUCAGAGGACUCAUACAGGAGAGAAACCCUGUAAAUGCACUGAAUGUGGGAAAGCCUUUUGUUGGAAGUCACAGCUCAUUAUGCAUCAGAGAACUCAUGCAGAUGAGGAAUGUAUUGGUGAAUUAAAUGUAAGAAACUUUGUCUCAAAAGUCAAUUCACAGGAAGUUCCAGAAAGUUCAAACGGAAGAGAGACUCUGUAAGUGAAAUCAUCACAUUGUACACCAGAAAACUCAUACUGAAUAGAAACUUUAUGUAUGUACAGCAUGUGGAAGGGCAUCCACAGUAAGCUGUUUUUUUAUACACACAAAAAAUACCAGUAAAUGUACACAGGAACCCUGUGAAUUCAGUUAACUCUG